UCGCGUACGAUUCUUAAAUCGCGUGUGAGUGUCUCGUGCGUUCUUGUGAAUUGGACAUCAUCGGCACACCGGGAGCAGUUUAUUGCGUUUGUCGGACGGAGGAGAAGUUCUGCAGGCACAUUGAAAUAUCUGCGAGAGGUGACGCCGUACUUCAGGAAGGCUUCGAUCAUCCAGGAGGUGGGCUGGGAGCUGCAACGCGGAUUUCUCAGCGCGACGCCCCCGCCCCCGAAGUCACCACCGCGAGCGGAUACGCGGUAUCUGCCGUUGCAACUCUGCAGACUCACCAGAGCUCAUCCUUCCUCCGACCCCGAAGGUCGAAUCCUGGAACUCCAUUCACCGGACGGCGUGCACGAGUGCUGGUUGAGAGCAGCGGACAACGCGGAGGCGAGCAUCUGGUUCAACGCUCUUCACUCGGCGUUGGCAGCGCUCACUCUAAAGGCGCUGCGACUGGCCUCCGCGCUUCCGGAUCCGCCGCAGCUGCAACAUAUCGGCUGGCUCGCGAGGAGACACUGUCUCCAGGUGAGUGAUCUCCCGUCGUUUCUUCGGAUAUGA